UUCCUUCAUUUCACUCUUUGUCCCUUCGCGCUUCUGUUUAGUUCUUUCAAGAAAAACCCACACACACUGUUUUAACUAAUGGCGCCUUCCCAUUUUAUGAUGCGGCGGGUAGAAUUUAUUGGGAGGCAGUGGAACUUGUUCGACAUAACCACUUUGAUUGUCGUUCUGCUUUUCCAUAUCCUUUCUCUUCUAGCGCCAUUUUAUUUCAACUGGGGUGCAUUUUGGUUGUUCGUGGCACUAUAUUUUUUGACAGGUCUAGGAGUAACCCUAGGGUACCAUAGGAGCCUUGCGCACCGGAGUUUUAAGCUUCCCAGAUGGCUCGAAUACUUUUUUGCCUAUUGUGGUGUUUUGGCACUUCAGGGAAAUCCAAUUGAAUGGGUGAGCACACAUAGAUACCACCACCAGUUUACAGACACAAAGAAAGACCCGCAUAGCCCACUUAUGGGGUUCUGGUUUAGUCACAUUGGUUGGGUCGUCAAUAACAGCUUUCGGUUUGAAAGUUAUGAAAGACGACUAAAGAAUGUUGAAGAUUUAAAAAGGCAGCCGUACUAUAGGUUUCUUCAUCGUACGUAUCUUCUUCACUCGGUUGUUCUUGGAGUUCUACUGUAUGUCACGGGAGGACUACCCUUUCUGGUUUGGGGAAUGGGUGUGAGGACGGUAGUACUUUACCACGUUACUUUCUCAGUAAAUUCUAUUUGCCACACAUGGGGAAGCCAAGUAUGGGAUACCGGUGAUUUGUCUAGAAACAACUUGUUGGUGGCAUUGCCGACCCUUGGAGAAGGCUGGCACAAUAACCACCAUGCUUUUGACUACUCAGCUCGGCAAGGCCUGGAAUGGUGGCAGGUUGAUAUUACAUGGUAUGUAAUAACAAUUCUUCAAGUUGCUGGUUUGGCCACCGACGUGAAAACCCCAACUGAAACUCAAAAGAAAAGGAAAGCUUUACACAAACAAAUCAUUGAGAGAAACAAUUAAGACAAAAGUUGGCAACGGAUAUCUUCCAAACCACGAAUAUUACUGCGUUUUUUUUUUUUUUUUGCUCAUUUAUGUAUUUAUUAUCGUUGUCUUGAUUAGGGACGUGGAAAAGGGUUUUGAUCUCUCUCUGUUUGCCCAGCUGAAGAGAUCAAAUCCACAAAUUAACGUUUGCCAAAAAUAAAGGAGCUCGUAUAAUAUUCCCAUUAUAUGGAGAGUUUUAAGCCCA